AAACACAGCUAAGAACUGUGCAGAGGAGUCAGCUGUUGUCUUCCUUUGCAUAUCAGAUCAGAGUGUUCAUGGUUUCCUCUUCACAAGGAAGCAGCAAAAUGUGACUUUGCUUCUGUGAAAAAUGGAAAGAAACCUUUGUCAGAGGAAGUGACGGUUUUGACUAAAGAAAAAAAAAAACGGGCUGGUCACGUUAGUAACUUACGUGCUACACAAGAAGACGCACGGAUCAACACAUAAGGAGUGACAGCGAAAGACAACAUGGAAGAGCUCGGUAAGAAAACUGUCUCACUUUACACCUGUGAUCAAAAUCUAGUGAUUGUUGACUGCUUAAUGGUUUUUAUUAUGUGUCACACCUGGUUAAGUGUACAUGUACUUUUGCUUAACUGUUUUGUUUUCUGCUAUGAAUCUAAAUCCUUCUCUCUUUUUUGUAAACUAAACAGUCAUGUAAUGGUGAAUGUACAAUGAGGGUGUCUAUGGAAUUUUUCAAUGAUGAUAAUAAAACAUUUUUCCAAGGAUAAGACUAAGCCUCAACAAUCAUGAAAAAACAUACAACUUAUAUGUCCAGCAAGAACAUGAUUUAUUUUCACUAAGAUGAAAAAAAAUUGAUGUGUUGACAUGUCUGCCUUGUUAAGACUGUGCAAUAAGUCUGAACAUAUAUCCUUUUUUACGGGUCUUCUUCUCAAGACCUUAAAUAGACAUAUUCCUAGUUUUUAGAUGUUACAUGAUGUAACACACUGUGUGGGAUGAGUUGAAUUCUUAUUUAAUAUCAGUCACAAGUUUCUAGCAACUGUAUUCUGCAGAAGUUUCACUUCUGCAGCACGUCACCAACCACUUCCUGAGGAAAUUGAGAUAUGAAGCAACCUCCAACUGAUCUAGUAGCAUUUUGAUCUGUAGAUUGGUGUGAACUCUAUCUCACAGAGCAGGAAACCCUCUGGUUUAACUGUAAACAUACAUUAAGUGCAUGUGUUUUAAUGGUCAUGUAGAUUUAUGCUUGUCUGCACAUGUAUUCAAGUGUAUAUGUGUGGGGUUAACAUUUAAAGCUUAUGUCCUCCUGCAGAUUUGCUUUUGGAGGAGCUGGCCUUAAAUUCAGAGCUUACAGAGAUUGUCGAAGAAAACAGGGGCAAUAAUCCAACUGCUGGAGAGGUAAAGAUCAAGUCAGAAAAGCUGCAAAUAUACAAUCAGUUUUUGUCAUCAGCUGUCUGUGUUGAAGCUGUAAUUUACUCUAAAACAAACAGAUUAAACGUGAAAUCUGCACUUAGAUACUCGAGAAUGCUUUUUAACAUAUCAAAAUACCAGAAUGACUCACAGUCUUGCCAUUAUAACAUAAGCUUUUGAAUCUGGGAUGUUAUUUUUUUCAACAUGUCCACAGGUGACAGGUGCAGGUUAUUCUGGACUUUUAAGGAGAGAAAAAGGCCCGGUCUGCGCAAAUGUCUACAGGUGAAAACUCGGCUUACAAUCUCUAUUAACCCCUUAUUGACAAUAUCAGUGUGGCCAUUUAUGCAGUGGUGCCGAAAAAGAAAAAAAACAUUCAAUGUGUUUUACAAAUAUAAAACUUUCACUUUUAUCUUUCUUAAUUUUAACAAGAACCCCAUUGCCUGUGGUAAACUGCAAGGCUUAAUUUUAGGCCCACUUUUAUUCUCUUUCUGUACACCCUCACUUUGCAACCACAUUAAGCAUCAGAGUGUGUCUACUCAAUUUUAUGAAAAUAGCACUCAUACAUAUAUAUACUCCUGAGAUCUGGUGACCAAAGAAGCUAUAGCUGCUGUUUUAAACCAUCUUAAAAACUGUUUUUUAAGACUGGAUGGCUUGAAGUUUUCCAAUGACACUAAAAGUUUGAAAUCAUACUCUUCAGUUACCUCAACUAACACUUGCUACAGAUUGAUAAUGCCUUUGGUGUACCGUUCUCAACAUCACUCUUACUGAAAAAACCUAGGAGUAAUUUUUCAGUCAGAAAUAACCCUUGCGAGAAAAUCAUCCAGUUUAUUUCUUCAAUAAAGAUCUAUUUUCAAAAUCAAUUAUCAAUCAUGCUAACCUGGAAAGAUUACAGUAACUCCUGCCUCUCUGGGAUUAUGUCAAAAAUCUAUUAUCACCUGUUACCUGGUGCCAUAUGAAGAUUAUUAAGAAGCUGAGAUAAUAUGCUGUCAAAUGUUUUUUUUUCUUCUUCUUCUUCUGGGUUUUAGUGAUCUGCCUGCUCCUGUGGCAGCUUCCUCACCCUCACCCACUCUGGAGCUGGACUCAAUCCUGCAGGAUCUGAUGAGUCUUGGAGAAGGGGUCAGUACAGGGCCUGCAGUGUCUAAGUAUACCAAGUAACAAUCAAACGUUUUAAUUUUUUUUAAAUGUGUGUGUGUAUUUGGACAUACAAUAGAAUAUAAAUGGCCAAACUGAAUUUUGUUUUCAGUAUUUGUUUUGAGGGUGAGUGCAUUAUCCAGGCUCAACAACAGAGGGCAGUAUUGUCAAAACAGCUACAAGUGCUGAAGUUGCAUUGUAUGGGCAUUGUUCAACACUGUCUUUUAAAAGCAUGUGAGUUAACUUAAAUCCUCAUUUUAGGAUCCAGACUAUGCUACACCUCCACCACCUCUCACACAAAAGCAAUCCCUGAAAAAGAAAACAGGAGAGGGUCAACAGGAGAGCAAGGAGAGCAGCAGCACAGCAGGUUCAGAAGCAAAACCCUCAACCUCAAGUGAGAAACCAGAUUCUAUAGACGACCUGCUGGGAGGACUGAGCUCUGAUCUGGAGAAGAUCGGUGUACGCACUACAGCGAAGGGUCACUGUGCUUCCUGCAAAAAAUGCAUUGUGGGAAAGGUACAGUAAGUUACAGUCACAAAUAGGCAAGUUGUGAAAUCAAUAUCUCCAGUGCAGAUCUGAGGCGGCAACUAAACAAAGGAUGUCAAACACAAUGAUAAGCUCCUCCUGUUCUCCUUACAUGGCUUUGUUUUUUCUGUAGAUGAUCACUGCGCUGGGUGAAGUGUGGCACCCUGAACACUUUGUGUGUGUGGCAUGUAAGGUGGAGCUCGGUACCACAGGCUUCUUUGAAAGAGAUGGACAACCGUACUGUAACAAAGACUACCAUCAGCUCUUUUCUCCUCGAUGUGCCUACUGUAAGGGGCCCAUUAUGCAGGUGAGAAUUUCUUUUCUGUAAAUUGUACUUUUACAUUUUCUUACCCAUCAUACUCUAUCAUACCCUUUAAAUGCCAUGCUUGCCUAUUUGUUUAAGAUUUCUACUGUCAUUUAUCCCCCCCCCCCCCAUGCCAUGAAUCCAAUAAAUAAGAGCUCAAUAAUCCACCGAUGACUGGAUAAUGACAUACAGAAGUAUACAGAUAAUUUUUCUCGACUUAUCCAUCAUGUCACAUAAUAAGUUAAGCAAAAACCAUUAUGGGAUUUUGCAGACUAAUCCUGCAGACCAAAGUAAUUUAUCAGAAUCUUCCACUAUGAGUCACUCAAUAGAGGUUUUCCCUUGUUUCCUCCAUCCUGAGAUCUGAACAUUAAAAUGAGUCAGAUUAUUCUAACUGUUGUAAAUAUCACUUUGUCAUAUUUCUAUGUCGGCGUGUUCAACAGAACAUUCUGACAGCUCUGGAUCAGACCUGGCACCCAGAGCAUUUCUUCUGCACACACUGUGGAGGCCUGUUUGGACCUGACGGUGAGAGGCUUUCGCGUGAAUUUCUCUAUGCUAGACCUUCAGGAAACAUUCAAAGAUGUUUAUUUAUUUAUUUAUUUCUGGUGUACCUGUGUCUUUUACCUGCCCAGGUUUCUUAGAAAAGGACGGGAAGCCGUACUGUUGCACCGACUUCUACCAACUCUUUGCUCCUAAGUGCUCCGGCUGUGGGGAGUCAGUGAAGGCGAACUACCUGACUGCAGCCAAUGGCACCUGGCAUCCAGAGUGCUUUGUGUGCGCGGUGAGUCUCCUACCUCAGACCACACACACAGCUCUGGCUCACGCACAAGCCUGGGAAUAAAUGAGAGAGAUACCCACACAUUUGCUUUAUUUGCAACAUUUGGACCACAAGGUUGAUGAAAACCUUAUGUCUGAUGAAUACGUUGUGGUUGAUGUGAUGCAAAUAAAUCAAGGAAACCAUAUUCCUCAGAGUGGGUAUCUUUUACAUUCUCUCCCAAACUACUUAAGUAUGCAGCAUCUGGUUGAAAAUGGUUCAUUGUGCUGCUGUGCUCUCUCUUUAGUCAGCCAUGAGCUACAGCUUUCUGAUGUAACAUAAAGUGAGGAUGGUUUAAGAGCAUGGAAACUUCAACUUUCAUACCGACGGCUCCUAGGGUGUGUCGCGUCAGUGUCAAUUUUGGCAUCCCUUGUACAAAAAGCCCAAUUCCUGCAAGAAUAAAGUGCAGACAAAGCUUUGAUGAAAAAUAACAGUAACCCCAAAUAAUAAGUGAUUGUUAUAAGGAAGUCAGUUGUAAUUAUGAGAUUAAAAAUUGAAGUUAUGGGACGGUGAGUCAAAAUUUGGGGCUAAAACAGUCAUUAUUAUGAGAGUGAGUCAUAAUUAUAUGUCAGGGAACCAUAAUUGUGAGAUAAAAUAUGAACUUUUGGUGGAAAUCAAGAUUAUAAGUUAAAAAGUUGAAAUUUUGUAAUGAAAGUAAAAGUUACAGAAAUUUAUGUCAAAAAAAAUCAUAACAUUGAAAAAGUCAUAUAAAUAAAAAAGCAUAUUAAUGCAAAAAAAAAAAAAGAAAGUCAGAAUAGUCUGAUAAAAGUAGAAAGUGUGGAGUAUAAUGGAUAGUUUUUGGAUAAUAGUUUAAAAGUCAUAAUUAGAUCAAACUUUUUUAAAAUAAUUUUUUAAAAUCUUUUUAUUUUACUUUUUAUCUGAUGUCAGCUCCGCCCCCUUACUGGGAAACUGCAGGGAGAACCAGCAGGCUACCUGGUCAAAUAGUGAACAGACAGGGUGGGUCAGGUCUGCUAUGUGAUUUAGCUAACUUUGCCCCAAACAUGCAUCUUGGUUCAAGUGUUGCCUCCACUGAGAAAUUUUUCAGCUCUUUACUUUGCCAUCAGAAAGUCUAUAUGUUCUUUAUGCAAAAAUUUAAAAUUCUUCGCAAGGGUUUUACUAGUUUUCAAGGAAAGUGUUUCUCAGCUAAUAAACCUGCACAUAAGACACAUAAAAACACAACUUUCCACUCAAAUUUGCUCUGAUAAAUCAAGCUUGACAACUUUACACAAAAUACACUCCAUCCAAAUAUGACAACCUAACCUAGUCUUCACUGCACUAAAUCAUAAUGAACAUAAUAAUUUAUCAUAGAAAACUCAGGAUCUACACAAUCCUAUAUGAAUUUGCUUACCUAUAUCUUCCUCUAGAGGGCAGCAGGUCACACAUUCAGUAAACACACACACAAUCUAAGCCUCUUUUACCAUCCUGGACUAGACAAACAUAUGAAGUCGUUCAUUAAGCUUUGUACAUAUUGGUCUUUCUGGUGGCUUUCUUUUUGACUUACUGACACCUGGUAUUGUCAAGAGUUAAGAGUUUAAAGAUUUCAAUAUCCAAUAAUGUGACCUAUAACCUCUAAAGAGAUGGGGAUAAACUGGGAGAGGGGGUUAUUUUUGAGCUCUGUUGCAGAUUGCUGGGCCAUUUUUAACAGAAGUUUGCUGGUAAUUACCAAAGGUUUGUAGUCUGGAUAAGAAAAUCCCAUCAGAAGUGAGAAAUUUUUAGCUUAAUUAAGUUAGGAAAAACGUCCUCACUGACACCAAGAAAACAAACCCUUCUUACCUUGAACAUUUUGACCUGCUAAACACAGGUGUUCUUCGUGUCUAUGAUGGUCUAUUCCAUUUUUGAGCCUGCUGGCACUGUAUCUUGGCUUAUACACACUGAACACACACAAAAACGGAACAUGGCCAUUGCUAAAAUAAAGUUUUACACCCCUGUUUUAACUGCUGUGACACAAACAGACCAAGUCCAAGAGAAAUAUCUGUAGUUAACUACAGGAACAUUUGCGGCGGCCCUCCUGUACUAAUGUUUAGGAGACGAAAACCUGACAUACCAUAUGGUUUUAUGAUUACGAUGUUGUUUUUUUUUUUCAAAUUUAUUUCCAUAUUCUCUUGGUUUUACUCAUAAUAUGUGUCAAAUUUAGAAUAUUUUUGAUGCAACAUUAAAGUUGCAGUAUUUUUUCAGCAGUUACCAUUUCUAACUGUCUGUCUUUUCUUCCUCUUUCCUUUUACUUCUCCUCAGGACUGUCUGAAACCCUUCACCGAUGGCUGUUUCAUGGAGCUGGACGGCCGACCCCUCUGCUCACUGCACUUCCAUUCCCGGCAGGGCACUCUAUGUGGAGGCUGCGGCAACCCCAUCACAGGCCGCUGCAUAUCUGCCCUGGAUCGAAAAUUUCACCCUGAGCAUUUCGUGUGUGCUUUCUGUCUGCGGACGCUGCGCCAGGGCAUCUUCAAGGAGCAGAAAGGGAAGCCAUACUGUACGACCUGCUAUGAUAAACUGUUUGUGUGAGAUAUAUUGUACAUAAUAUACAAAUAGUGUGACAGCAACCAGAUAAAUACUGAAUCACUGUCAAUGUCGAGGUUGUAAAUUCCUCAUACCAUAAAUGUUAAUUGAAACAGGAGACUAUUAGAGACAGUUUGAUUUAAUAACAGUAUUUGCAGUAGUUGCAAUAAAAGUUUUCAGUACUUUUUGGCUAGCAGACAUUCUAAGUGAUUUUGCAAACCUUUAUGAUGGAUUACAAAUGAAGUGCAGAGUGCUACAUGAAAUAUAACAUAAACUACAUAAAGCUUGUGUCAAAAAUACCAGGGGGAAAAAAGCUGACUUUGUAACAUAAUUAAUGGCAUGGUUGUAAAACACAAGGAAAACACCCACAUCCCAUGUUUCAAAACUUCACGUGUGAAACUUGGAUGUGUCUAAAAGGAGUUUUUGCUAAAACUUGGAAUCACUUUAUGGGAUUUCAUUUUUGAUGAUGACAUAAAAUGUAUAAAUGGAGAACGAAAAGCGGAGGUGCAGUUUUAAUCCAUGGUUUCCAUUAAAUGAUCCUCAGUUUGCCAUUUUAGCUUGGCAGUCUAAAGGCCGCUCUCUUCAGUGUUGAACAGUUGUGGAGUCUAUGUGGCUGAUAGCUUGUAUUGGCAGUGACUGGUAUAGAAAUGGCGUGCCAGCCUGAGUUUCCUCUUACUCUGACUUACCAUUUGGCCUCUGGCAUGCAUAGGAUUCAACAACCUCCCCGUUCCCCACACAGGCUUCUUUAUAGAUGCCUACAGAAGAUUAAUGAAGGUGUUGAGGUGAAUAAAGGUUUUCUCCUUUGCGUCACUGCAGCUGCUCAGUAUAUUCCCUUUGACUGCAAAUGCAUGGAUCAGAUAUUAAGUGUUAAAGACCGUGUUUAUAUCUGGUGACUGUCAUUUUAUGACUGAAGUAUAUCUAAUCAGAUGUGGUUUUUUGCUUGGCUCUCACUAAAAACUAACAUUGUGGAUGAUAUAUCAAGGUGAUUAAUGAGAAAUUUAAAGGGUUGAUUUUAUUGUGAGAUCCUCAGAACCACAUAUACUCUUUCUUUUUGCGUACCUUUAAUUUUUAGCUUUACUACCUUGAUGAAGCUAUUUUGUUGCCAACUUACAAAUGCCCUUCUAAGAGCUGAUUAUUUUCUCCUGAAGUGAGGUUGUAUAAGAUCAUCAUCAAUAGUAAUUGUAUAACUCACAGGGGAUUUUAGUUGGCUUUGUUGAGAAACCAGUUGGAGAGCAAACUCUGAAGCUUGACCACUGACCCCUGCAGACAAGCCCAAUUUAACCACAUAAUUUAGCGAAACUUUUAAAGCUUUACUUUGGGUAUUUUUUGGCCUUUAUUGUCUUUUAGAAAAUUGUGGAAAUAUUAGUGUUUGGGUUGCACUUGUCAGUUGACUUUGUCUGCAAUGAUUGAUAAUGUAGCUUCUGGGGUCAAACUGACCAGGAUCCCCUCUGGGCAGUACAAUUAUCAUUGACAAGUACGCUAUUCAACCCCGCUGUAAAAUAAACUUUUCUCUUUAACACACUCACUGAUAAA